UUUUAUAUACUCAAAAUGAUAAUGGAUACCCCUCGAGAGAGGAGGACGAAGAGAGAGAGAGAAAGAGACAAAGAGUGAGAGACAGGAGGGAUACGCGCCAGCUUAAAAUUUUCAGAUCCCUAGUGAUGACCAUGACCCUCGUCACUGGUUUUCUUUUUUCUCAGUUUAAAUUAAAAUAAAAACCCAGAGAGGAGAGGAACGGUAGAGUCUGUAGAGAGAUGGGUUUGUGUUUUGUGUUUGUGUAGUGGUGGAGACGUGGAGAGUAGAGUGGUCAGAGGGGGGGAGAGGAUGGGAAUCCAUUGGCUUCUUGAAGUGAGCAGAGAGAGCUUGGUCAUUUCGUCAUCCUUCUGCAUUUCUUUUAUUAGAUUUCAAUUCCCAAUGCCUGAGAUGUGUUUAAGUGCUGGCUGGCGUCUGUUUCGGUUGGUGAGAUAGUUAGGGAGAGAAUAAUAUUUGGAGUCGGAGUUCCACUCUUUUGUUGGGAAACCCAAAAAUCAAACUCUCUCUCUCUCUCCAGCUCCGCUGAUCUCUUCUUUGCUUUGGUUAUAAUCUUUAGUCUUUCCUCUAUCAAAGAAAUGGAUCCGCUUUUUGCGCUCUUCAGGAUGUAUUCUCUGCAACUUUUUCUUUUUCGGCUCAACUUAGAUUCUCAGUCUCUGUUUUGAGAACCUUAACUGAGAUUUCCUACUGCCCUGUCCUCUUUCUCCCACUAAGAUCUUUUUCUCUUCUUUUAACGCCUUUUUCUCCUGCUGCUACUCUCUUUAUCUUUUUUCUUGUCUCACUUGUCUUAAAAGAGUGAGUAAAGCAUAAGGAUUCAGGUAGCAAAGCAAUGGGUAAAGACUGGUCCUGGGGUGGUCGAUCCACAACCACCUCCAGGAAAGCUGAGAGGGAGACUACUUCAGGUUGCAUUAGUGGUGUACUUCAGCUAUUUCCUUUACAUCAACCUUGUUUCAAGACCCCCAUUUCAUCAUUUCUUCAAGAAGACCCCACAAUCCUCGAAGGUCCUGAAGCACCAAGGAAUAGCUUGGAAUCAGAGGAGGGUCCCUGCAUGGGAACUGUGUCCUUGUCUUCAAUCAUGAAGGAAGGCGACUUGAAUCUUCCAAUGGGAAUUCGAAUAGGUACAAAAGUUGAUAAUGCAGGAAGAGGAGAGACGAAAGGACGCAUGGAGGAAAAUUUAUCUAAUUUAGAGACCAGCAAUUCUCCUGCCAUCACUAAAACCCCAAAUCUCGUGGCUCGUCUCAUGGGUCUUGAUGUUCUCCCUGAUGGGUUCUCUCCUUCUUUCUCCUGUUCAUCUUCCACCUCCUCUUCAGUCCAUACCAGUACACGCUCAGAGAAAAUUGCCUGUGCAGCAUUGAAGAGAGACCUUCGUUCCCGACGAAAUCUCCACUGUAGAACCAACAGUAACAUCAAUUUCAAAGAGAGGGAAGUAAGGUACGAGACGAUGACAGGAAGCCGUUCUUUGCCGGACACUCCAAGGAUAUCUUCGGCCAGAAGCUCAGCCGAUGCUGAUCCCAGGCUCUCUCUUCAGAUCAACAAAGAGAAUCUAAUGCUUUUACCAGAAGAACUUCAAAUUCUCUCAAGAAACUCCUUUUCUUACUCGCCUUAUUCUACCAAGUCUAGAAAGAAAGAGUGGAGGCAGGGAGAGAACGAGAACAAAAGCCCAAGCUACUCUGCUCGACAUAUCGUCAAACAGGUUAAAGACAGUGUUGGCAGAAGAAAAAUGGGUCUCGAUAUUACAAACACCACCGGGAAUGGAGCGAACGAAGGUGAAGGUGAUAGUCCCACGAUCAAAUCACAGAAAAAAAAGCGUCUUAGUCGUACGAGAAUGGCAGAUGAAUCGACCCCAUCAUGCUCUCCACGGUUAAGGUUUUUGGAGCUCAAGAAUAAACCAGUCACGGUGACCUCAACAAGUAAUGAUUCAAGCUCACACAGCCGAAGACCUUCAUCGAAACCUCUCCAAUUCUCUUCACCACAACCAACUCCAUCACCACCUCAACCAUCACUCACUACAAGGAAACCGAAAUGUCAAAAGGGGAACAGCAGCGAGCGCUUCAGUCAACGUCUUACAAAACCUCCGAAGAUUUCAGAAACAGUUCGUAACAAGAGAGAGGAAGCAUUUGUUCGUGCAUUCCCAGCAACAAAAGCUAAUCUCUCAGACAAGAAAUGUAAGAAAACUCCAUUAUCGAACGACCUUGUUAACAUCGCCGUUCCCUCCGUCGUUCUGCUCAACAAAGAACAGCAAGACUCGUCUACCACUCAAAAACCGGCAGCUCAAGAAUCAAAAAGGAGUCCACCGUUAUCUAGUGGUUUGAGCCGGAAGUACAACAAACAAGAAGAGACGGAGGCGCUCGCCCACCAAGACGACAACAAGGGCAACAAGAACGGUGGUGGUAGUGAUGCAGAAUUCCGGUACGUAAAGGGUAUACUUUUACGUACCGGAAUUUUCAGGGAUGGGUUUGUUUCAAUCAGGAGAUGGUACUCUCCGUGUCACCCUCUCAAUCCAUUAAUUUUCCACCACCUCGAACAUUCCUUCCCCUACUCCAAAAUCGAGAACGAAAAAGAAGUUGAAGAUCUGGGUCUGUUAAGGCCUCGCUGCAACAGAAAGCUGAUGUUCGAAUUAGUGGAUGAGAUUCUGGAAGACGAGCUGAGGCCUUAUCUGAACAUGAAACCAUGGCUUCGUCGCAUCGAUCGUGGUGGGUUUUCGCCAAAGGACACCCAAAUGACUGGGUUGCAGCUUUUGGAACGCUUGUGGUUUCGCAUCCAGAGCUACCCUGCCGCCAACUGCCAGAUCCUACAAGACAUCGACGCCCUCGUCGAGAAGGACUUGCCUGACGCUAACAUGCGCACGUUGUUCCCUGAGGAAGGCGAGUCGAUUGUCUUCGAGAUCGAGCAUCACAUUCUCGACUCACUCCUCCGUGAGACCGCUGCCGAUCUCGAUUCCGGACUUCCGGUCAAUACGGAUCGGCCACGGAUCGUGCGGAGUCAAGAUCGGCAUUGGAACGUUGGGACGAACGAAGGUUCCUUCAUGUUGGGUGAUGACGUCAGCGAGUCUCCGUUCCGUACAGAAACUUGUAACUGCCGCACAAUGAUGAGAUACAGGAUCUGAGCAGAGGGUCGGACAGACAUCACAUGGGGUAGUCACGUGAUUAGAUUCUAUUCCCCCGUUUGGGUGGACCCCAGUUGACACGAGCGAAGGUUCGAUAUUUAUUAGCCACGUGUCACAGAUAACAACUGUAGCCGACAGCCAUCGCUCUCUCCCUCUGGGCUGACGGAAGCUGAUUUGCCGUUUGCAAAUAAAACGAAGACGGUGAGCGGUCAUGUGGGAUGUUCCCUUUGUUUGUUUGCUUAUGUGACUGCCGUCACAGCUCACAGGUGAUGGGGUGGAGAGAGAAAAGACAAGGAAGAGUUAUCGUUACCGUUAUCGUCACUGACACUGACAAACGGAUGAGUUAUGUGGCAAGUUUAGUGGAGGUGGUGAGGAAAGGAUGAUAAGAGCGGGAAAUUCAAAUGGAUGUAUAGACGUUGUAGUUAGUAUUAUUUUAAGUAUUUUUUUUUUGCCAGAAAUAUAUACAGGCAUAUCCAUCCAAAAUUGUAUAAAAUAAAUUUGAUUUUAUUUCA